CCGCCGCCGCCGCCGCCGAUGGCCGAUUUUAAGCACUGGAAAGAGCAGCUGCUGUCGCGCGCAGACGCAAGCCGGAAGGGCAGCGUGGACGAACCUAUAGAGGGGAUCGUCAGGCUUCUGAAUGGCCGCGAGACUUUCUGCACCACCAGCUCGUGCUCGGGGCGCGUGGUGGUGCUGGAGCAGCCCCCUGCCGCCCACUCGGCCGCGGAUACUGUUGGCUUUGAAAUACAGAAGCAAAGCUGCACUUGGCUUAUGGUGACCCACCAAUUAUGUACUACAAAAGAUGUGCUUACAGCCUUGCAGAAAGCUGCAGCUGAUGCCAUCUUCAAAUUUGAACCAUUUGUUCUCCAUGUACAAUGUCAAGACCUGCAAGAUGCACAACUUCUGCACACUGUGGCUAUAGAAGCUGGAUUCAGAAAUUCUGGUAUAACAGUUAGCCGGAAAGGAAAAAUUAUGAUGGCUGUCCGAAGUACCCAUUGCUUAGAAGUUCCAUUAACCCAGAAAGGAAGACUAAUGGUCAGUGAAGAAUAUGUUGAUUUUGUAGUUCAAGUUGCUAAUCGGAAGAUGGAAGAAAAUGGGAAGAGAAUUGACAGAUUUUACAGCUCUUUGAAGUUUGCAUUAGAAAACAAGAAUCACUCCAAGAGUUCUCCUUCUGAGGAGAAAGAAAAAGGAAAUGGCAUGGAUUCGUGUGGAAGAAAAAAAUCUCAAGCAACCAAAAAGGAUGGCAGAAGCCCUUCUUCAGACAAAAAUCAAAGUUUAGAAAGUGAAGACAGUAGUCAAAGUAAUACUAAUAUUUUUCACUGAGAUGUGCUGCAAAUAGAGUUAUGUGAAGUAGCCAUAUACCCAUUAUGUUUGUAUAAUGUUGUUUUUUCUUUGCUCUUUAUAAGAGCUUAGUAAAUUAUUGUGCUCUAGAAGAUAACAUGUUCUUGAUACAGUUUACUUAGGUUAUUAGCAAGGUCUUAACUGCCACAAAAUAUAAGUGAACUUCAAAACUUUUAUGGACAUUUUUGGACCCGGAGUGUGCCUUCCCUGCUGGAACAUGUGAGAUGGGCAGAUAGCCUUGGGAGAAAGUGAUUUUAUUUUUUUACACGGGUAAAAAAUGUGCAGUAUCUCCAACUUGUACCUAAGACAUGGCCCCAAUAAAUGCUGCUUUGUUCUGUGUUUUUCUUAUUUAAAAAUGUUCUUUAAAGGGUUAAACACUGUUCUGAGUAUAACCAAAGAAACCUCUGCUAUUAAAAUUACUUUGCUCUUCCUCUUUCAUUUAGUAUGGAUAAUUGAGACCAUAAGUCCACUUCUGAGAGCAAAAGUUCUUCCGUGUUUGGAAGGAAAGCAGGAAACAAAUACAUCCUUGAUUAAGCUACCGAAAUAAAUAAUUGUAAGGAGUAUUAACCUUUGCCACGGUUGAUAAUCAUUUUGAGACGUUUCAUUACUUCCUAAUCUACACAUGACUAGAACUUUAUUCUUUUAUGUAUAUCUCCUUAACUUCAUCUUUCUAAGUUAUGUUAUCUGGAUGUAUGUGAAUGUAUUUCACCAAAAAUUACAAAUAGCUAAUACUAGAUUUGAGUAGACUAAUCAUAGGCUAUGUCCAGCCCUGUGAGUUUUAUUUGCACUCGGCUACACUUAGUUUACAGCCAUUCUUUGCCCUACAUCAUCCUCACACACAGCCAAUUCUGCAUUUCUCCAAAUUGAUGUGCAAGUCACACAGCAUGAAGGAUACAUAUAAUUGCUGGAGGUAAUAUUCACCAAUAAAAUGACAUCAUUAGAUAUAACUCAGCUACUACUUUUAAGAGUAAUCGGAAAAUUUUUGAU